CACCGGAAAUUAAUUAAAAAAAUUAAAGCAGAUUAUUUAUAUUUAACAACGAUAAUAAAGGUCAGAGAAGUUAGGUAACGAUGAUUCAUGAUCAUGAUAAAAAAUGUUUAAUUUGUAUUAAAUUGUCAAUAAUGUUCAUACAAAUUUUGACAAUCACCUUCGUGCUAAACCAAAGCUUUGCAGCCGACCAUGGCACUUUUAAAGAUUGUAGCAGAGUUGAUUUUUGCACCAACCUGAGAAGUCGAGAACCUUCAAAUGACUACUCAGUAGAUCCAAACAGUGUUAAUACUAAUGAAAACACACUUACUGCAACUCUCAAAUCUAACAAUGGUAGUACCGAUUUGGUCCUCACUCUUUCCGGCCUUGAAGAAGACACUUUUAGACUAAAAAUAAAAGAAGUUGAUUCAGGACGAUACGAACUCGUCGAUGUUCUCGAUGGAGAACCAAAACCAACAGAUUUUGAUGAUGUAGGUCGUGAAGAUACUUCCAUAACUAUCUCAACAAACUCCAAWUCGAACUCGGCUCGCAUUACGUACUCACCAUUCAGUAUUGAGUUCAGUAAAGACGGAGUUUUGGAAGUUGUUUUUGAUGGUGAUAUGCUGACGCUACUUCAGACCAAAGUUAAUUCUCCGUUUAGUUUUGGUCUCAAAUUCCCUCAAGCCGUCCAACUUUACGGAAUUCAUGAACAUUGUGAAACUCUAGCCUUGAAAAACACAGCGCCUGGUGGUACCGACCCUUACCGUCUCAAAAAUUCAGAUGUUGCUUACUACGAAAUUGAGUCUCCGAUGGCUUUAUAUGGCGCCGUUCCUGUCAUAUAUGGUCAUGGUCCCAAGGUCACUUCUGGUGUAUUUUUGCACAACGCAGCCCAACAAUGGAUUGAAACUACUAGUGCUAGCGAUGGUACCACUCAAGCCUACUUUAUGACAGAAGCUGGUACUCRUGAUUUGUUUAUUUUGCUUGGUCCAACACCAACUCAAGUCGUUCGACAGUACACCAAGUUGACUGGUACCGCCCAUAUGCCCCAAAUAUGGGUUUUUGGGUACCARCAAUCACGAUACACCUAUGACACUCAAGAUCUAGUCAAAGAAGUGGUUUCAAAUUUUGAUAGUAACAAUUUCCAAUUGGAUUCAAUUUGGUUAGAUAUUGAUUACACAGAUGGGUUUAAGUACUUCACUUGGAACCCUAAUACGUUCAGCGAUCCGGUAGAAAUGCAAAAUUUUAUAAACAGUACUAAUAAGAAAUUAGUGACGAUAAUUGAUCCACAUAUUAAGGUAGAAGAAGGGUACAAUGUGUAUGAUGGAGCUUUGGAGAAAGAUUUGUUUGUAAAAAAAUCAGAUGGGUCGGUUUUUCAAGGCUCGUGUUGGCCGGGUACUAGCAGUUAUAUGGACUUUCUGAAUCCUGAUGCUAGAGAUUACUAUGCUAGUAUGUACUCGUAUGAGAAUUUCAAAAAUACAACUCCUACUCUUGCCGGAAUUUGGAACGACAUGAAUGAACCUUCAGUCUUUGAUAACAGUUUGGAAAUGACCUUGCCCGCAGAUGCCCUCCAUCAUGGUAACGUCAAACACCAUGAAAUUCACAACAUUUACGGAUUUCUCCAUACAAUGUCAACCCAUAAAGGUCUCCUUGAUCGUGAUAAUGGCCAACGUCGUCCUUUUGUCCUCACUAGAUCACAUUUCGCCGGCUCCCAAAGAUAUGCAGCCAUAUGGACCGGUGAUAAUACAGCAGACUGGCCGUAUCUCUUAGCUGAAGUCCAAGAGUGCCUAAAUUCAAAUAUUCUGGGGAUCGUCCUCUGUGGUGCUGACGUCGGAGGUUUCUUCAAUAAUCCCUCAAAUGAACUUUUUGAAAGGUGGUACCAAGCUGGUGCUUGGCUGCCUUUCUUCCGAGGACACUCUAGUAAAGAUACAGAAAGACGUGAACCCUAUCUCAAACCUGAAGACACUCAAGCUGUAGUCAGAGAAGCCCUUCAGACCAGAUACAAGCAUUUACCAGUUUGGUACACUUUAGCUUUUGAACAUACAAGAACUGGAGAUCCAAUUGUUAGACCCCUUUUCUAUCAAUAUCCAGAAAAUAUUGAUGUGUAUAAUAUUGACAACGAAAUUCUUGUCGGACGUGACAUUUUGGUUAGAGCGGUAGCAGAAGCUGGAGUUGAAUCUGUGGAUAUUUAUUUCCCUGGUGGUGAAAACGAAGUUUGGAUCUCUGCCAACAGUGAAGAUGUACAAAUGGGAAUUGGCAAUGUUAAUGUUCCUAUCAUUAGAGACAACUUGCCAGUUUAUUACAGAAGAGGAGGCGUUAUCGUAAGAAAAGACAAAGUUAGAUCAAAUACUGCUGAAAUGGUUAAUGAUCCUCACACCUUGUAUUUUACACUUGAUGAGAAUAACAAAGCUCAUGGAACAGCUUAUCUCGAUGAUGGUGUCAGUUUUAAAUAUCGAGAUGACUCUGAUUUUAAAUAUAUCAGUAUUGACGUGUCAGGAGAUGAUGUUUCAAUUUCAACCAUUGAUGGCAAUGGCGACUAUGACUUCAAUGUUGAGAAAAUAGUUCGCAGGAAUAUUAUCAAAAUGCCCGAAGAAGGACAACCAGGACUAUUCAAAGAAACUGUUUAUACCAAAAAUGCGUCAGGAACUCUUUUGAAGAAUAUUAAAAUUGAUCUUCAAACAGGAACUAUAUUGAAGCUAAAUUGAAAAAUAAAUAUUUUCUAAACUUA